AUGUUCCGGAGAUCAGCUCCCCCAACUAGGGUUCCUACGGAUACCGUUAUCCCCUUCCGUUACUUUGAUGAUACCCCGCUAUGGCGAUCUUUCAUUUUGUAUUCCAUGUUUGUGUACGACGAGGUGCUUGACCCAGAACGGCUCCGGAACAGCCUCGAAGAGCUGGCCAGGCGAGACGGCUGGCAGAAAAUCGGGGCCCGGUUGCGUCGUAACGAAACAGGGGGCCUAGAAUAUCACGUGCCCAUACAGUUCACGACAGAACGUUCAGCCGUGGCAUACUCCCAUACCACAUUUGACAUGCUUAGUACGGAUCAUGCUGUCGCAUCGCGCCUACCGAGACCAAGUGCAACGCCCGCAACAGUUUGUGACCCGGACGAGUUUCGCAGCCUGUUCCAGAAGGAUGGCGCCCCGACUGAGUUGAACCAUUAUCUAAAUGCAGAUGUCCCUCAGAUUGGUCUUCACAUUGUGUCGUUCAAAGAUAAAACCCUAGUCUCGCUAUACUGGCCGCAUACCUUGAUGGACGCAUUAGGGAAGCAAGACUUUCUUAAAGCAUGGACGUUGGUAUUACAGGGCCGCGCUGACGAGGUCGUCCCUCCACUUAUGCCCGAUAAUGACCCUCUUUCGGACCUUGGAAAACAUCCAAGCGAGGCUCAUAAACUCGAGAAACAACGCAUGUCAAUGCUGCAGCUUGUGGGAUACGGACUAGGCACCAUUCCCAGCCUUUUCAGUAGCAAGAAGAACCGCAUGGUCUGUGUGCCUGCGGCGUUUGUGCAAAAGCUACGCAGAGAGGCUUAUAUCGACCUCGCGGAUGAGAGAGCCGAGAAUUGCUCCAUCAGCUUGACAACUGGGAUGGCAAAUCAUUCUCUCAGCUCAGCCGACGAACCAUUAUCUGCACCCUCAAGCCCUUCAGAUGGCGGAUUUUCACCCACAAGCCUUUCGCCCACAUCGUCUGCAAUCUCAUAUGAGACGAAAGCCUCUACUGUGGCUUCCGACGAGGAUGGGUACUUCCUGAGCGAUGGGGACAUCCUCUGCGCAUGGUGGACAAAACUUGCAGUCUCACAUCUCCCCGCCAGUUCACGGCGGACGGUUUGCAUCAACAACGCCUACUCGCUGCGUUCGCCCUUGGCUGAGGACCUGCUUCCUCAGAGCAACCCCUACAUUUCUAACGCCGUUGGAUUCAUCAACGUGUUGCUGCCUGUAGCCGACAUCCUCAGUCAGCCGCUUGGCCGUGUGGCGUCUACUUUCCGCCAGACCAUCAAGGCGCUGGGAACUCGUGCCCAGGUAGAGGCGUUCGCUUCGAUGUGGAGAGAAUCAUCCGCAAAGUUGCCACCCUUUUUCGGCGACAGCGGCAUGCACAUGGUCACCUACUCAAAUUGGUGCAAGGCUCGACUCUUUGAGACGGACUUUUCGGCAGCAGUGCCCAACUGGGAGCCGACAGAGAAGAUGCAAAAGCCCCUCAGGCCAACAUAUAUACAAAACUGCCAGUUUGGACUAUGUCUUCCGAACGGAUUCCCCAUCAUUGGGAAGGAUAACGAUGGCAAUUACUGGCUGUCCGGUUACAUGAACAAGGGCCACUGGGACCAGAUUGAGGAACAGCUUGCGCGAAUGGUAUAG